CMACUCCAUCGAAUGGUGGUGUAUGUACGUUAACUGACUUCGAAUCCUGGAACUACUCCUACGCGUACUACCGUAAUGCUCGGAAGUUUUGGAGAUUGYGUUGCAAGAAAUUACAUUGAAAAAGUCUUUUGUACCUGCCGCCUUCUGGAAAAGGGUGGGAGAUAUAUAUACAGAGUCUGAGAGAAACUUGCGAAACUACCUUACAGGGUUCGGCAACACUGCAACAGAAGCCAGGGGUUCAAACCGGCAAUCGGUGGUGGUGGUUACAUACGGUUUUCGGUAUCUGUGACUUGCUUGGUGGAUUCACUUAUUUCAGAAAAGGCGACAACAAAUAGUCCAUCCCGUGCGGUUCCUUUGAUCUGGAAACAUUCUUGUUUGUUCGAUCAAUUGAUAUUUGAGUUGAUUCGUUGUUUCGUUCAGUGAUUUUGUCACGAUGCCUUCCCUUUUCAAGCUUGCUGUCAAGAACAGACGGAAAAAGAAUAGAAACAAAACACGGGGUGUUCGGGAAAAUGAAGGCAUGUCGGUAGCUGCCCUUUCUGGCAUCGAAUCAAACGAAUUCCAGCAGCAGCACGAACCAUGCCCGGUGGGUACCGCGCAGCACCAACUCGAUGACGCGACAAAGAACGAGAACAACGAUCUGCGGCAACAGGGACUGCUUAGAGUUUGGUCCUACCAAGGUGGCGAUUGCGAGAGGACCAAUUCGACGAUUUCCCUAAUCGAGCAAUGCUCCCUGUCGGACACGGCGAGGGCCAAGGAACGGAGCGGCAGCGUGGAUUCGACAAAUUCAAACUUGAACACGAGCCAUUCGAGGAGCAAACGCCAGCUUUUCAGACGUCGGCGAAAACCUUCUAAGACGAAUGCUGUCAGCAGCACGCCAGACACGGUAGCUUCCGAUGCUUCCUCCUCCCCAUCGCGGUCCGUCGAUCCGAGAASCCAACGAAGGAGACCAACGCCGCAGAAACUUGAUUUUGAUCUGGUGGACGGUGCCCCCRACGCUCGGAGGGCCAACCAUCCACCGGAACUGGAUUUGCAGCAAGACCAGGAUGUUCCGGUUGUCGAGCAACCCAAAAACGGAAAGAAUUCUACAAAUAACGCCGCCAUGAAAAACCACGGGACCAAGACGGUCAUUAUGAACGGAGACAUUGUGGUGUGCAAUUCCCUGAACGGCAAGACGUCGAGCGAGACGGUGACAAUAGCUUCCGCCGUGUCCUCGAUCAGUAAGGCGAAAGCAAUUCGCCGGGAGACCGAGCGGAAUGCACGAGCGGCAGCGGCCUUGGACGAAAAGGCCAACGAGCUGUUUGAGAGGGGAUACUUCGACAGGGCUAUGGCGUGCUAUACCAAGGCCUUGAAACUGAAACGACGCACAUUUGCUCACCUGAUCGAGGAUAGCGAUGACAUCGAAGAACAACUCAUGUUUCGGAACAAAGAAGGCGACACAAUAUCAGAUCCACAAGCCCUCGUCAGCAUGGCAACUUCCAUCAACAACAUUGGUUAUUUGCGGCAACGGUCGGGCGAUGCAACGCCGGAAGAAACCAUGGCGGCUUACAAGAAGAGUCUGAAAAUAAAGCGGCGGAUACUGGGGAACGAUUCGCUUAGCGUUGGUAAAACACUAAACAACAUCGGAAGUGUUCAUUAUCUCAAACGCGAUUUCGACAAGGCACUCCCAGCUUACGAGGAAGCCCUCGAAAUCAUGAAGGCRAACCUUGGAGAUAACCACCCAGACGUAGCUACCGUCAUGAGCAACAUUGGAGACGUCUAUCUGGCACAAGACGACAGAGAAACCUCUCUCGAUUUCUAUCGAAAGGCGCUUGCGAUACGGUGGGAGGCCUUUGGGGGGAAAAGUCCGAGGGUUGUGCGUCUUUUGGAAAAAAUAUCCAAUUUGGAAAUCGGGGAUCGGAUGUCUUCUAGAAUGAACAAGUCGAAUCAAASUACGCUUCUUGGCUUGGGGGACGACGUCAAUAGCGAAUUGAUGGUUGGAUCGGGGUUCCAACCGCUCGGURAAGAGUUUAAAGACCUGCAGGAGCAGGUGCAAAACGAUAUUGAUGAAAUGGACCAAAUGGAGCGUAAUGCGAAGGUGGAGUUGUUCAAGGAUCGAAUCAUCAUCGUUCGUGGUAUGCGCGAUGUAUGGAACGGGGGAAGCGAUCUCUUGGACAAUGAUUCCGUCAGCGUUUUAACAGCCCUAAGUCGAGCAAGCAACAUCACUGGAAGCAGUGGAUGAGGAAGAACGAUAAAUAUACAAUUACAUACGUACUUUGCUUUARAGUUACAUUACAAGUGUAUAUGUUUUGGAAGAGGUGCAAUCGCAUCUCUGCCGACAGUAAUUUCGUUUACCGAAACCUGGAUGGAGGAAACUGUGUUAAUGUUUGGUUCUAUUGAAAUCGAAUCUAGCAAAGAAACCAAGGUUAGAAAUUCUCUAUCUACUACUCUGUGGUUACGAACAAUUACGAUGCCCUUCYAAAAAAAUCUUGUCUUAGUCAUUCAUCCACAAGUGCCAGCGAUAGAAGAAUUCGGUGAAGACUCCGGUGUCGGAUCGAACARAGAGCAUCAAGUGCUAUAUUUUCUAUUGAUGUCGCCUUGCCGCGCUUCGUUUCUUCCAGCAAUUCCUUCCAUUCCUCCUUUUGAAGCAAUGGAUGUUUAGAAUCGAUCCGUGCUUCGUCUAUUAUUUUUGAAAGCAAUAACAGGGAAUCAUUGUCGAUUAAAUCUUGAAGAGCCCUUUGUUCUGCUCUAACUAAGAUAUAUUCAUUAGCAUUCCCGAUCUUUGGUAUUUCAUUGGUUUGGUUUGGUUUUGACGGGACAAGAGUAGAGGAAUAUAUAUCUAUAAUUCCACCAGGCCAGGCAUAGAUCAAUACAGGCAAGAUAUCUCUGUCCACCACGAGAUUCCCUGCCGUGAACGCCUGGAUGUAAACCGCUGACGAGUCCGAUUCAAUAUCGUGUGCGAACGGUACUGUCGCAAUCGAGUUGGUUGAAUCGCUCGCUUCUGGGGUAGGAAUCAAGUAGCACGUUCCUCCUCGAAGGCAUGCCACCAAAUACUUUGAGGCUUUUCCGUUUGCCUCCACCACGUCGAUUUGGCCACUACCUAUGGCUGGAUAAGAAAGUAGAACCUGUUUU